AUGAAUUUUUUGAAGUUAAUUUUGUUAGUUAUUUACGUGAAUUGUGUUUGUGGAAGGCGGGUUGAAAGAAGCCGAAAUGAGACGAGCUAUCACGAUAGUAGUGAUGCAUCGAGUAUAAGUAAAUCAGCAUGUCACUACACGGACCCGAACGUAGCAGAAUGCAUCCAGCGCAUAGCAGAACAGGCUAGACACCUCUUGGCUCAAGGAGUACCGUCCUUAAACAUCCAGCCUCUAGAACCUCUCAAGAUCCCCAGCAUCAGGUUACGGCAGCACAACAUGCCACAGAACAGCUUCAAAUAUGAUGCCUGGCUGUCUGACGUCGCCUUGGAAGGACUUACUAAUUAUACGUUCAAUAAAUUGGAUGUAUACCCUGAAGAGUUGAAGGUGACUGCUAAUAUCAGUCUGCCACACUUAAUGAUGUCUGGGGACUACGUGGUGCUGGGAGACUUCCAGAUGUUGCCCGUUGAGUCGACUGGGAAGAUGGCUGCUAACUUUACCGAGUGCACGGCAGCUUUAGAAGCAUUGGGAGCCAGGGUUCAUAAGAGGAUGGUGAUCCGUGAUGCAAGUGUACAUCUGAGGUGCACGGGACCUUUGAAAGCAAGUCUCAUGGAGGCACACUCUACUACUGGGGAAAUGGAAAUGAUAACGGACCACAUAGCACAGAUGCACUCGAUGGAUAUCGCGAAGGAGGUCCAACCUGCUGUGGAGACAGCACUCGCUAUGGUCUUGGAGGAUGUAGCCAACAAGUUCCUUAAGCAUAUCCCUCCAGAUAUGGUCUUUGCAAAUUAA